AUGCGUGCAAGGGAUUUCGCGUUAGAAAAUUACGGAGAAGCCAUCAUCGCUGCUGCGAAUCACGGAUAUGCCCAUCUUGUCCAGAAGUUCCUAGAAAGGGAACACAAAGCCAAUCCACCGGGACCCUCCCAUAACUGGAACAAGCAUCCAAACCUAGCACACGCUUUUUCAAAGGCAUUGGAAAUUGCAAUUCACCGGCGCUACAAAACAGUAAUCAAGUCGCUCAUAGGAUUCAAGCCCGACGAUGACUUUUACCGCCAGCUCGUGUACACUGCUAGACCCUUGGAUCUAGCGGUAGGCUGGCGCUGCCAUGACCCAUCAAUUGUCAGGCUCUUACUCGACCUUGGUGUAAGACCGACGGAUGGCAGUCACCUAUCAACCUCCUCCCCUCUCACCCAGGCUGUCACUGCCGUGCGCCCCUCAAGCCGGAAUCUCGAGAUCUUACGGCUAUUGAUCAGUGGCGGUGCGGAGCUUAACCCUGCGCACGUAGUGACUCGCAUCCACCCACUCUUAGAGGCUGUGCGCUGUGGCAAUUUUCCAGCCGCGGCGCUUCUCCAGGAGAGCGGAUCCGACCCGUCCGAACUGGAUAUAGAACAUGUUCUAGAAGUAUUCUCCGAGCCAACGCAGCAAUGCCGCGAACAAGAGAAGUGGAUAUUGGGAUGGAUUGACGUCGAUAGGACCAUUGCAUCUAAUUGGCGAAACCGUUGGGCCCUUUUCCAUGGGGCUAUAGCAAGAGGUAACAUAGCCCUCAUGAAGAAGAUAAUCAAGCGAUAUGGUGUUCUCGGUGGUUACUCAAGGGGUCCUGAUGAGUAUUCACCCGACUGGUUCGAACAUUAUCUUCCUCAUCCUCUAGAUGUGGCUGCCCGAUAUCACCAAGUCGAGGCGGCAAAGGUGUUGCUUCGGUACGGUGCGCAUCCUGACGGCAAUAACGGCCGUUCCGGCCUUCCCGAGCGCACUCCCCUCCUUGAGGCCAUAAGCGCAGGCUGUCACGAUAUUGUGGAACUUUUGCUCGAGCACGGUGAGUGCUCAACGUAUGUCGUGGAUCCGUUCGCUGGCUCCCCUUUUCAUGCAGCCAUACUCGAGGGACAACCCGAAUGCGCCCGAUUACUUCUCAACCACGGUCUAGGGCCUUCUUUUUGUUUGAGCGACCCACCGGAAGAUAUCCUUUCUUGGGCGGUGUCGGCAGGGGCAGAGACAUUCAACCUUCUGAUUGAGCAUGGACUUCAACUUCAGCCGGAACGUAGAGACCAUCAAAGUGCAUUCCUUCAGGCUGCCAAGCCUUCUUGGCCGAGGAUCAUCGAGCCAGGAUGCUUUAACGCCUUUGUCAAAGCUGGAUUCGACGUCAAUAUACGGUACCCGGGCGCCCCACGCGUUGGAUGUCCUCUCCUAGCACACGCAGUUCUCCAGGUUGCACACAACUACCUUGGUUGUCAGGGAAAGCUUUCUAGUACGGUCUUCAGGCGGAGAACAAAAGAACGCGUUGAGAUGCUCCUUCAAGGGGGUGCAAAUAUCGAGGCUCGUGAUUUCGAGACUGACAGGACGCCCUUGCUUUGGAUAGCGUCCGAACCUAGACUACUCCGACGUGAAUGGGCGAUUGAGCUCCUAUUAGAGAAAGGGGCCGACGCUCUCUUUGUGAACCAGCAUGGGUUAUCGCCUCUUAGAGAAGUUGUAUGUGGGGGUGAUCCCCAUUCUACAAGGGCGAUACUGGAAGCCUUCCAUCAAAGGAUAUCCGUUGGAUAUGAAACCAUUAAAUCCCAAAUCACGGCAGAACUACUAACGAAGAGUCGAACGGAGAUUGAAUCUAGCUGGCCUGAGUCUCUCAUCAAGCAGGCCCAGGUUGUGGUAGACGAUCUCAAAAACAUCGAUACUCAAGUCAGAGAUGCCGCAGCACUAGCAACGAAAGAGAGUGUAAAGAAAGUGAUCUCGGAUUGGUACUGGCCCCGUGUAUACUGUAAUUGA